AGAAACUACAUCUUAGAUAGGAGACAACUCUUUCGCAUGAAACACAAGUCUGAAGGAUGUACCUUCUCGAUACCUUGACUGUCAAACAGUUGAAAAAUACUUCUUACAACGUGAAUUGUGUUCUUUUGUUAAUUUGACAAACUGCGCAACACUAAGGAUAUUCUGGAGCGCUUUUUGGUGUGCUUUCGAUUGUACGGCUCUGUUUUCUCAUGAUGGUUUGUUUCUGAAAUAUGCUACUCCGUUAAUUCUGCGUGUCCUGUUCAAUGUCAGGAAGCCUCAUUAGUCAGCGUGAAGAGCAGCCAGUGUUGGUCCUUACCUGUCAGCGAGAUUCACACCCUUUUCAGGACCGCAUAAUUAUACUAAAUGAGAUAAUAAAAGUUGGACGUUCAGUGGCCCGCGCCAAACCUACAAAAACCAAUGCGAUCUUCGACUGCAAAGUCUUGUCGAGAAGUCAUGCAUUGAUAUGGCACAAAGGUGAUCGGUUUUGGUUACGUGAUACAAAUAGUAGCAAUGGAACUUUUGUCAAUAACACAAGAAUAGUGAAAAAAAAUGAUGAAGAUUUUGCCGACCGUGAGAUAUUUUCCGGUGAUAUCAUUCGUUUUGGAGUAGACGUCGUUGAACAUGAUACAACUCACGGCUGCAUCAUAGCUCAAGUUGCUUUGUAUCAUCCUAAUGGAACAGAAGCAAAACAAAGCGUUGAUUAUGUCAGUAGUAAUAAUGCUUUGACUGGUAUCGAGGCACUCCAUACUGAACAAAUGUUCCGCUUCACACAUUACAUUAGCGAGGCUUUAUUUCGGGAACAAGUUCUGGACACAAAACUUGAGUCUAUCAAACGGCUCCUACAAGAGGCACAAGAAAUUUCUGAGGCUGGUUGGCAAGCUAUGGUGGAUGAAGAUCGACUUUUGGAGAAGCUAAGUCUCUAUGAAACUCAACUAUCUUUAUUGAAGCAAGAUUUGCCCGAGAAUUCGUUACAGUCGCAUCUAAUGCAGGCUCUAGAAGAAAAAUUUAAUCUUGAGAAAGCCAGUAAAAUAAUGUUGGAACGCCUGUUAAACGAGAAAGCGGAAGUUUUUAGCAAAGCUACAGAUCUUGAGCAUUCUUUGGUCGUGUCUCAAAAAGAGUGCAUUCGCCUUCGUCAAGACUACGAAAAUAUCCAAGAAGCGUACCAGAAUUUGGCAAAUGAUAGGCAGUCGAAGCAAGUAGCAUCAGAGGGAUCAAAGGAAAGCAAAAUCGAAAAAUCUGAUGUGAAAGUCGAGACUGACCAACUUAAAGAUGAAAAAGUGCUUGGAAAAGUUUUCGACCAGUUUCUAUAUUCUGAUCAUAGAGCAAAUAAUAGACAAGCCCUUGAUAGCCAUAACGGUAAUGAUGCAAACAUUCUUAUGAAUGGUUUAGACAAUGGCAUUUCGAAAAUCCCUGAGAAUUAUGAUGAUAAGUUAAAUAAUAUCAACGAACGAUUCGGUAUGCAAAAUAAUUUCGAUUUAUUGAAAUCAUCGGAACCUGAUAAUUUCUUCGGUGUUCAAGGGCAACAUGUCACCACAAAUGAUGAAUCUCAUAACGGUCAUACAUCUAUUCGGAUAAUUGAAGGUAUUCGGCUUUUCAAUCAAUCAAAUCAAUUAAUCAAAUUGCUCCAAGAUGAAUUAAGUAUUUUGGCCAAGAUAAAAAGGUCAAAUGAAUCAACUCUUUCCUUACCGGUGAAUUCUGAUCCAGCUACAAACAAUAUUGAUUCUUUUGAGUCUCUUGAUAAUGUUGAUCCUGAUAAAACUUCAUUGAAAAGACUCGAUGUUGUUAGUUGUAAAGAAAAUAAUUUUGAAACUGCCUUACAACGUGCAACAGAGUAUGCUACUUUAGUUGCUAAUCUUCAACGUCGUGUGGGUGCUGAUUUAAAUUCUUUGUGUUUACCACCGAAUCUUCAUAAUAAUGCUGAUAUUUUUAAUAUUCACAAUGAUUUAUGUAUACCUCCUGCCGAAUUCAGGACGACUCAUAUAACUAAAAUGGAUGUUUGUCUAGGAACAGAAACACUUGCCGAUCAUAUUCAAUCUACUGAAGUGGAUGGGACAGCCAACCAGAAAGUUGAAAUUAAUCACUUGCAAGCGUACAGAAUGGAUAAAGAUUCACAUACAGAUGAAGAACUUUCAAAACUACACAAUGAGCUAAUGGAAUCCGUGAAUGAGAUUGAAACUUACAAACAGUUGACCGAAGAUUUAAGAAAACAAGAUGCCGCUAAAGCAGAGUUAUUGUUAUUGGUUCGAGGAGAAUGUGAUGCACUGAAAAGUCGAAUCGCUGUAAUUGAAACCGAUGUGGCAACAAGUCGUGCUGAUCAUCACCGUCUAAUAUCUGAAACAAGAAGAGCACAAGCAGAAGCUAAUAAAUUGUUACUUGAACGUGACAAUUUAUCGAAACAACUAGAUACUGCUAAUAAUCAAAUAGAACAUUUACAAAAGCUUCUUGCCAGCACACUUUUGUGUGAUACCAAAACACAGAUUUCUAACAAGAAUUCUAUUUCCAACGAAAUAUCCACUGUAAAUUCUUUAAAUGAUAAUCCUUGUCCAACUAACCAAUAUCCUACUAAAACUAGCAACGUGCCAUUGCAUGAACAUUACUUCUCAUUAUUUGCUGUCAUUCCUGUUAUGGUAUUGAUUUGUGCGUUCAUCGUAUAUAUUUUCUUGAAAUUUGUUCGAUGACCAUCUGAUUAUAUGACUUGUAUACAACUGGAUUCUCUGUAAUAUUCUCUUGCUGUUAAAAAAUCAUACAAUAGUAAUAAUGCUAAUAAUUUAUUUUGAUUAGUUUUGAAACCAAUAAGGGUAGUUCAAUGUGGGAAAUUGAGAGAAAAGUGUGCAUUCAUAUUUCAGUCAGCAAUUUCGUGAAUUUCUACUCACUAUAUUGUACUUGUAUCAAUAUGUAUUGUUUUUCUCGGGGAUUAUUCAUCUUGGUUCAAUUUAUGGUCAGUUCAUCGACCAAGCAACCACGUCUAACCAUUUUUCAUCAAUAAACACGUUUUUUAUACAUUUGUGUAGUUGAUAUAAAUCAGUAUGCUUAUUAUUGUACAUUUAAAACCAAUGACUGUCAAAAGUUAUUCAGUUUGUUUCUUCCCUGUCUGUAGUUAGUUUAGAGAUUUUCAAAAAGCCGCUUUUCCAUUAUUCUCUUCCUAUUACUAGUAUCAUUAUUGAAAUGUAUUUCCUGGUACCAUAAUAAAUUUUGCUAUUCUUUAUCGACACAGUUAAACUGAAAUUUCACUGGUAAUAGUUUAUAUAU